GAAGGAAGAUGCAGAAGCACAAUCCCAAUUAUUAAUUUUUUAUUUUUUAUUUUCAAUCCAAAUAUCUAAUUUCUUUUUUUUAAAAAAAAAAAAAUUUGUCUUAAUUAAUCACAUAAAUAAAUUCCAUUUCAAGAACAAGCAACUCUUUUUGUUAUUUAUUUUAACUUGCUCCAUUUUCUACCUUUCCUUGUUUAGCUUUUUUGGCUGCUUCAUAUACUCUGAGGAGCACCAGUUUGAUUAUUUUUUUAUUAUAAAUACUGCGAACAAUUCUAUAUCUUUUUCUCUCCUUUCAACCUCUCCCCUUAAUCCCACAAAAAAAAAAAAAAAGAGAGAGAGAGAGAGAGAAAACAAUCUUAAAAAAGCUCAAAACUUUUUAGAGUUUGUUUUGUGUGUUCGAGUAUGUGAUUUGGGUUUGUGGUUAUUGAUUUGAUUGAAAUCAAUAAGUAUUGGGAGAGUGGCAGUGGAGUAAACACAACAAUAAGGAAUACUAAUGAAUCUGAUUAAUAGUGGUGGUAAAAACAGCAUGGCUGUUGCCAGCUCUAGUGCUUCCUGGAAGUCUUCCGGUGAAGGGGCGGUUUCCGACCAGUUUCCCGCUGGUCUCCGUGUCCUUGUGGUCGAUGAUGAUCCCACCUGCCUUAGGAUCUUAGAAAAGAUGCUUAUUAACUGUCGUUAUGAAGGUUUGUUUGUUUGUUUUUUUUUUUUUUUUCUUAGUGGUUGAAUAAAAUAAUACUGUAUUUAGUUAUCUUCUGGUGUUGAAAUUCAAUUACUAUUGAUGGUUCUUCAUGUUUCCGAAUUUUGGGUUCCAAUUUGUCCCCAGAACAAGAAUAAGUCGUGUUUUGUUUUAGUUACUUCAAUUAGUGAAGAAUCAAUCAUGUUCAAAUUUGCUCUGUGAGUUCUAUUUGGUUUGCAAUUGAAUGAUAAUUAGGGUCUUUUACUUUGGAUCUAGUCUUGUCAUAUAAACAAGAUCUUUUCAAGUGUUUGUAUUUUUUCAUAAGAGGAUUAUGAGGUUCUUAGUUUUCUUAAGUUGCUGGAUUUGUGUCCGUUUUUGGAUAUACAGUAAGUUACAUAUUCGAUACUUUCUUUGUAAAUCAUGUUAACACUUCUUAGAAAAAGAUUGAUUUUUUUAUGAAUUCAAUAUGAGUUGUUUGGUUGAAUUGAAAUAUGUGCCGGGGGUCCUUUAUUGUUGAUGGAGAUCUCUUGUUGUUUACUAAUUCUUUGAAAGGUUUUUGGAGAUUUUCAUAAGUUAUAUGGUCUGAUUGAUGUUCUUUAGUUUCUGGUCAAUUUGGUUGAAAAUUACAAGCUUUACUUGGAGAUCUCUUGUUGUUUACUAUGAGUGGGCUUCAGUUUACAUUGGUUUGAAAUGAUUGAACUUUAUCGUUGCAAUUUGAUUUCUUCUUGGUUUGGAAUGAAUGCUGGUGGUUCCUUUGCUUUAGAUCUCUUGGUGUUACAAUGUCAAUUAUCUGGUAUAACUUGAAUUGUUGUAAUUUUUCCUUACAUCUGUAGCUAAUAACGGGGUUAUAUAGUACAUGGUACUUUUGCUUUUGGUCUGGAAUAAUGCUUGGGAAGUGAUUCUUUUUUUCCCUUUUGGUUUUGUUUUCGUAGUUACAAAGUGUAAUAAGGCGGAGACUGCAUUGAAUUUGCUCAGAGAGAAUACAAAAGGUUAUGACAUAGUCAUUAGUGAUGUCCACAUGCCUGACAUCGACGGCUUCAAACUGCUCGAACAAGUUGGGCUGGAAAUGGACUUACCUGUUAUCAUGAUGUCGGCUGAUGAUAGCCAGCAUGUUGUCAUGAAGGGUGUGACUCAUGGUGCCUGUGAUUAUCUGAUAAAACCCGUUAGAAUUGAGGCUUUGAAAAACAUUUGGCAGCAUGUGGUUCGAAAGAGGAAGCAUGAGUGGAAAGAUAAGGAUUUUGAGCAAUCCGGAAGCGUGGAGGAUGGAGGAGGAGAAAGGCAAGUCAAGCCUGUCCAAGAAGAUGUUGAUUACUCCUCAUCAGCAAAUGAAGGAAACUGGAAGAACUCAAAGAAGAGAAAAGAGGAGGAAGAUGAACUCGAUGAUACGUGUUCACUGAAGAAACCACGUGUGGUUUGGUCGGUAGAGCUCCAUCAGCAAUUUGUAGCAGCUGUGAAUCAGCUUGGAAUUGACAAGGCUGUUCCCAAGAAAAUACUGGAAUUGAUGAAUGUUCCUGGGCUGACUAGAGAAAAUGUUGCCAGCCAUCUUCAGAAAUACCGCUUAUAUUUAAGAAGAAUCAGCGGUGCAGCACCUCAUCCCAAUGGGCACUCUUUUAUGGGACCCCAAGAUCCAAGUUUUGGGUCUAUGCCUUCACUAGGUGGGCUUGAUCAUCUUCAAGCAUAUGUUUCAACAGGUCAAAUCCCAGCACAGAGUCUCGCUUCAAUUCAAGCACUUGGUAGACCAACCACAAGACCUCACCUCUCUAUUCCUGUUACUGAUCAGAGAAAUCUUUUCAGUUUUGACAAUACGAAACUAAGAUUUGGUGAGACACAACAACAAUUGAGUAAUACCAAUAGGCAAAUAAAUUUGCUUCAUGGGAUACCGACAAAUAUGGAACCCAAGCAACUGGCUAGUUUGAACCAAUCUGCUCAAUCAUUUGGUGGUAUGACGAUGCAAAUGCCUCAUGCACUACCUGGAGGGGGACACAUGCUAAGUGAAAAUAAACCUGGUCUUCAAGCUUCCAUUAGGCAGCAAGCUACCCUUGGCAGUGACAACGGUAUUUCAGCUGCAUCAGUCUUGCAACGAAACAAUAUUGUGAUUGAUAACAAUGUUCAGAGAGGCAUUUACUCCCCAGUUUCACAAUCAUCUUCAGUACCAGAUUUCUCUGUAAAAAAUAACAUGGAAAUGAUUGGCGGUAAUUUUGCUCACAACGGGAGUAACUCAGGAAUCUCAUCUGUGACAGAGGUUAACUCAAAAGUAAACGGAUCAAAAGGGAGUUAUCUUCAAGGCUAUGACAUGUUUAAUGAUUUGCAGCAACAUAAUGCAGGAGGGACACAGGAUUGGGGUUUGCCAAAUGCCGGUUCAACCUUUGACUCCCAAGGAAGCUUGGAUGUUGUUGUUCCCCCUUCUAACUUGGCGCAUCAGUCUUUCUCUUCUGAGCGGAAGGACCGAAAUGCUAUUGCUGGUGGAAAUGAUGUUGGUCAAAAUAGUUUUAGUCAUCAGUUUAACUCUUUUAUGGUUGACAACAGUUCCCUAAGGGUUAAGACAGAACGGUUUGUUGAUGCGAGCUGUCAUAAUAAUAAUCAUCUGUUUCAAGAGCAGUUUGAUCAGGACGAGCUGUUCAGCACUCUUAUGAAACAGGUUUGUUUCCUAAAUUUGUAUCCUUGGCAUGGGUCUUGAAACUUUAAACAUUUCGAUGAACUUAUUGAUUUAUUUACUCGCCAUUCAUCUUCUAUUGCAGCAGCAGCCAGAAAGCUUUGGUUCCAUGGAAAAUGAGUUUACCCUUGAUUCAUUUCCCCUGGAUGAUCUUCCUGUUUGAGGCACCACCAUCUUCGGCUUCUUUAAGAUCCUUCGUGAAUGCUGUACAUAAUUUUCACAUAGUUUAUUUUCAGUUCCCUUUUACUUUUGACUUUGAGUCUGCUUCUUGAUGUGAAUAACUUGUCCGUUUCGCCUUUACCCUGAGGAGAAAGGGAUUAGUUGGAUGAAAGACUCAGCUGGAAGAUGAAGAGAAAGAGGAGAAAAUUCGAAUAUGACAAGUUUGCUGGCGUGUAUGACUUGCAAAAAUGCAAUGGCAUCCAUGCUAAAAAAUUUUGAUGGGGUUUAGGAUUAUUUUAGUUGGUUGUAGCAAGAAGUACAAGUUUAAAGGCAGUUUGGAGUUUUUCAGAUUAAUUGUAGUUUAGGGGGGGAAUGGAUUGGAUUAAUUCUGGCAUAUUUCCAGAGAUUUGCUUUCUCCGGUGGUGUUUCUUUUUCUUAAUAAGGAUUUACUUUUUAGAUUUUGUUUAGUUUUUCAGGAAUCAGAUAUUUUGUACAGAUUUUGAUCAACGCCUUUCUGUCUUGGGAUUUUAGUUUUCUGCAUCGUUGUUUUAUGUAUGCUUUUCUUGGCAUUGAUUCAUGUUGGAUAUUAGAAAUCACUAUGUGGUUCACUAUUUUAAAGUUGCA